AUGAACAGGCGCAGGUAUUGCACGACGACGUCCACACGGUAUUUUGCCCCUCCUUUGGCCUCCAUCGUGAAUCAACAAGCUACCAGCAUCCUCUUCAAUCUGCCACAGGAGCUGCGCGACGAGAUCUACGAACAAUUCUUCUGCUCUACCAGGCUCGCCCAUGGCCGUCACCGCUACUGUUCAGGCAAGGAAACGGACACGACGACGAACCCCUUCAUCCGGCCUCCUCCCAACUCCCUCGCACUGCUGCGGAUUUGUCGUCGAGCUCGUGACGAGAUCGGCCAGUCCUGGCCGAAGCAGGUUCUUUUCCACUUCGAGUCUCUGGAAGACAUGAUUCUGAAACUAGGUCCCUUGCCUCGGGAGAUCAGAAAUACGAUCCAGCACGUUCAAGUGCGAGGCAUCGUCUUCCAUCGCUGCAUUCACAUUCCCCCUCACUCCACUACUUAUAACAUUCGCUUUCAACUCUUUUUUGGCUUGUGGCUACUGCAGGGGCUACGCCUAGACAGCUUGACCGUGCUGGAUUGCAGUCCCAUCCACGAGCAGUGGGCCAGGGAGAUGGCAUUUAUGAUUGGAUGGAGUAAUGGGUGGAAGGAACUGAGAUUGGUCAUACCGGACAUGAAUCUGCUCUCCAAACACCGGGCCGUGGAAUGGCACACGACCCUACUUAGACGCGACGGGAGCGAGUCCGGCGCCGCGGUAUCGAUUUAUGUUUCGAGAUCCCCUCGCCCGAACGUCGACAGCAUUCUGCAUCCUGCGAAUCGCAAGAUUCUUGAGCCAAGACCUGGAAUAGGAGACGACGAAGGUACAUGGUGCUUGCCGCGGAUCGGUCGGGGCGUCGUGAUACUGAAGCGAGGCUUGCACGUUGACUGCGAGGUACGAAUGGGCAAGGACGUAUGGCAGGAAUACGAACGUCUCCUCGGUUGGCGCAUGGGUGAUGACGAACCCCCGCCCGAGUUCUCCCCGAGAUCCGGACCGGUUGUCUACGAUUCCUAUGACGAGCCUGAGAACUACCAUGGCAUGGGGACCUGUCAGGUCAAGCUCUAG